GGGGAGAAAAAGUGAAUGUGUUUGGGGGAGAAAGACGGUGCAAAGGAAAGGCCAGAGUGUGAGAGAAGACAGGAAAGAAGGGAAAGAAGUAAUAGCAAAGCUGGACCCCUGGGAAUGAAGUAGUGAAUGAGGGACAGGCAGAUAAAAAGAAGAGAUGAAGACCCUGUGACAGGACAGAUUUACAGAGUGGACAACCUGCAGGGGUGAAAAAGGCAGUGAGGGUUCUUCUUCUUUUUUUUUUUCUUUUUUUUUUUUAAAGAGAGACGUGCGCAUUUAGAGGAGAAACAAGUCCUCAUUUAUCUACAUCACAGAGGACAAAAGACAGUGUGACAAGACAGGAAAGCCCUCCAGGUGUAGAUGCAGACAGGUGGUCAGUCAGACAUGCUGCUAGUGUUCCUGCUUCUGGCUCGAGGAGUUUGGGGGUCGACCCCGGGAGUGUGGGGGUACGGACGCAUCCAGGACAGGCAGGGGCCGGCGGCACCGCUGUGCCCACCUCCGUGCCAAUGUGAAGAAGAUGGGAUCUUUAUCAUGGUGGACUGCUCAGAGAUGGGACUAUCGUCUGUGCCGACCAACCUCAGCCCUCUCACCACGUACCUGGACUUGAGUAUGAACAACAUCAGUGAGAUCCAGCCCAGAGCCUUCCAUCGACUGCACCUGUUAUCAGAGCUGCGUAUCUCGGGGAAUCAGCUGAGGUAUAUCUCGGGCCACGAUCUCCAAGGUCUCAACAACCUCAAAGUUCUGAUGCUGCAAAACAACCAACUGGAGAGACUUCCUGACGAUGCUCCCUGGGACCUACCCAACCUCCUGUCCUUGCGUCUCGACGCUAACCUGUUGUCUGAGGUUCCAGCCGAGGCCUUCAGAGGCGUUCGCUCCCUGAGACACCUGUGGCUGGAUGACAACUCCCUAACAGAGAUCCCGGUGAUGGCCCUGGACUCUCUGCCCUCGCUGCAGGCCAUGACGCUGGCCCUUAACCAGAUCACACACAUCCCAGAUUACGCAUUUACCAACCUCUCCGCCCUCGUCGUACUGCAUCUCCAUAACAACCACAUCCAGACCAUGGGCUCAAGAUGUUUUGAAGGUUUACACAGUCUGGAGACACUGGAUUUAAACUACAAUGAUCUGCAGGAGUUCCCCGUGGCCAUCAGGACACUGAGCAAACUUCAGGAACUGGGCUUUCAUAACAACAAUAUCAAAGCCAUCCCUGAGAGGGCCUUUGUGGGAAACCCUCAGCUCCAAACCAUCCACUUCUACGAGAACCCCAUCCAGUUUGUGGGAAAAUCUGCUUUCCAGUUCUUACCUAAGUUGCACACGCUUUCUCUUAACGGGGCAACCCAGAUUCAAGAGUUCCCUGAUCUGAAAGGAACAACCAGCCUGGAAAUUUUGACGCUGACUCGAGCUGGUCUCUCAGCUCUCCCUCUGGAUCUAUGUGAGCAGCUGCCUCGCCUUAGGGUGCUGGAGCUAUCAUACAACCAGAUAGAGGAUCUGCCCAGCUUUUACCACUGCUCAGCAUUGCAAGAGAUAGGGCUACAACAUAACCAAAUCAGACGGGUAGAGUCAAGCACCUUCCAUCAGCUCACUUCACUAAGAGCACUUGACCUUAGCUGGAACAUAAUCGAGUGGAUCCACCCAGAUGCCUUUGCCUCACUUCACUCUUUGAUCAAACUGGACCUGACUGAGAACCAUCUCAGCUCAGUACCAGUUGCAGGUUUGGGCGGUCUCACCCAUCUCAAGCUGAGGGGGAACACAGAGCUAUACGAGGCCUUCAGUCCCGAUCACUUCCCCCAUAUGAGGGUGAUAGAGAUGCCUUACGCCUACCAGUGCUGCGUAUACGGUUCCUGUGAUAACUACAAACCAGCCAGUCAGUGGGACACCGAACAGAGCAACACUAACGAAGAUCUACACAAGAGGACCGUGGCCAUGUACCCCAUCCACGGUGACACGCACUAUGACCCUGACCUGGAGGAAUUUCAGCUAGAAAUAGAAGAAUCCAAGCUACAGACCAGUGUCCAGUGCACACCCACACCUGGUCCUUUCCGUCCCUGCGACUCCCUGUUGGGAAGCUGGCUGGUUCGUGUUGGCUUGUGGUCCAUCUCCCUGGUGUCUCUGCUGGGGAACUCCAUCCUGCUUCUGUCCCUCUUUGGCUCGCCUGGCUACCUGUCGCCGCUUCGCUUCACUGUGGCUUGCAUGGGUGCUUCCAAUCUGCUGACGGGCGUGUGCACAUGCACGCUGGCCCUGGUGGACGCUCUUACGCUGGGAGAAUUCGGUCACCACGGCGCCCGCUGGGAGGGAGGUCCUGGUUGUCAGGCGACAGGAUGGGUCUGGGUGUUUGCCUCUGAGGCGAGUGUGUUGCUGCUGACUCUCGCGGCAGUGCAGUGCGGUGUGAGCGUGACGUGCGCCCGGGCCUACGGGAAAUCCCCGUCUCUCGGGAGCGUGCGCACAUGUGCACUUUUCUGCCUCACUCUUUCCCUCACACUUGCUUCUCUACCGCUGGUUGGAGUCGGAGAGUAUGGGUCCUCGCCUUUUUGCCUUCCCUCGCCCCUGCCACCCCCAUCUUCUCGACUACCAUCCUCCCUGGCCUUUCCCUUGUCGCUCAUUAUGAUGAACACCCUGUGCUUGCUUAUAGUCACAGGUUCAUAUAUCCGACUCUACUGGGAGUUACUUAGAGGAGAGUGUGAGGGCCUGUGGGACUGUGCUAUGAUCAAACAUGUCGCCUGGCUAAUAUUCACCAAUGGACUCCUCUAUGUACCAGUAGCUUUCCUCUCCCUUUGCUCUCUUCUGGGUCUCCUCUCUCUGGGGGAGGAGGUGCUAAAAUCAGUCCUUUUGCUUCUCCAGCCCUUGCCUGCCUGCCUCAACCCUCUCCUUUUCCUUCUUUUCACAAGAGACUACUCUCAGUUUUUCUUCUGGCCUCGCCCCAAAGCACGUCCACAGCUACGCCGGGACCGCACCCUGGACUCGUUGGUUUCUGUGGAGACAGAGAAGAGCUCCUGCUCCGAUUCGUCAACGCAGGUGUCACUCACUGAUGCUGACGCCACGUACAGUGGGGGGUCUUCCCUCCAACCACGACUGGAUCCCAUCAGAUUUUCCCACUGCUCCUCCACUUCCUCUGUUCCUCUCAUCCCUUGCCAAAUACCAACUCUCACUGCCAGAGAUCGAGAGAGGGUGACAGAAUGAGGGAGCCUGAAUGACGAUGAAUGUCUGGAGAGUUUGGAUCGAGAUGUGAUUCGCAACACUUGCCCUCUGUAUCACUCUAACAUGACUCGCUCUCUCUCACCUCUCACCCAUGAGCCUCCAAGCUAGCUGUCUGAAAAGCUGGGACACUAGGGACAUUUAAGGACCAUCAUCGUACUGCAGCAGCAAGACCACCUCUGGGUUAUCAGUCUUUAAGCUCCUCAGAAUGAGUCAACACAGAAACUGUUAAGGACUAUAGAGAAGUUGAUGAGAAAACAACAGGAGCCUCUGAAAUUGUGGAGUGGGAUUGAAAGUUCCUUUCACAGAAAAGACUAUUCAAGGAAACACCACUACUGUUGAAAUAAAAAGGACAGUUUCAGACACAAUCCAGUGGACUGUGUCAAUCAUGGACUUGAAUGACAAAGAGAAAACUCAAACUACAUGGAAAAAUCUAAGCAUCAGACAAAUCAGUGGAUUAGCCAAGGGGAAAUUAGGUAGCACCAGUAGAAUUUAAAGUGUAAAUGUUUAUACUGAAAUGUGAUCAAGAGAAAUGCAACUUAGAAGUUACAGAUUGUUUGGUUAUAUUUUAAGUGGAGUUAUAAUUUGUUUUUUAAAAAAUAUAUAAAGUCUAUCCUAUUGCUAAGGUCUGUUUCAACAAAAAAGGGACUCAUCGUCACACACACCAGGCUAUUUUAGCAUUGUAAGCUAACAAUGUUCAUCCACAGAAACAUUAAGGUCAGAUGUUGUAUUUUGCAACUAUGUGAUACAACAGCUGUUACAGAAAUGCUAUUCUCUAUGUGGCAGCAAAAUGCAAGAGGAAAACGAGUCAUACUCACGGCUUCAUAUGGUUUACAUGGACUGGUCUCAAAUAUGCAACUCUGCCUGACAGGAUGCAAGCAGUCAAACAGACUAAAUGGGAUGUAGCUAUCUUUCUACAGACUUUAGAGUAGGCUAGCGAUAUGUACAUACAAUGUAACUACCUCUGAACUAGCAUGGUAUUGACUCACUACAGCCUUAUGAGGUUUGUCUCUCUUUUUAUAAACAGCAAAUAUAUAAUUUUAUAUAUUAAGAAAUAAAUCCUUAGUUUGUAAAGAAAAAAAAAAUUGUACCAUUUAGGAUGUACAUACUUUGUAUACAACUGGUAAGCAUAUGUUUGAAUAAAAUUAUCAUCUUCA